AAUUGCGACAGUCUGCUUAGCUGUAAUUUGUUCGUGCUACAGCCAACCAUGUAUUCAGAACAUGCUUUUAGUUACUACUCGGUUGUGGUGCUGGUGGUGGCAUACUCCGUGAUGGGGGCCGGCAAAAGGACGCAAAAGGUCAGCGCACUGGAUGCUCUUAACGAUUCAUCUCUAGCGAUAAAUAAUCCCUUCACUCCGUUCCGUGUAUGUGAAACCACCAAAUCGGACGACGAAGGUCCUUUCUACAAAGUGUACGCACCAAUCUACAAGAUGGAGGAUCUGGAGAAUGUGGGCCGUAUUGAAGUGUGUAAGACGAAUGUGACCUACGGCCGUCUGCUGCUCAACGGAACCAUCCGCCAGAGUUCGUACGAGAACCCCUGCGGGAAGCCGGUACGCGCCAUGGUGGAGGUGUGGCAAGCCAAUUCGCAUGGAUUGUACAGUGAUGUCUCGUGGUCCAGCGGCGAUUACACAUGUCGGGCGCGGCUAAUUACCGGUAGCGACGGGUUCUAUUCGUUUGCCACCCAGUAUCCAGGAAGGUAUCGUUAUAACAUGACUGGCCCGUUCCGUCCAGCGCAUGUGCACUUCCGUAUCACUCCGCUGGAUGACAACUACGAAGCCACUGGCAACAGCUUAAUUACGGCUCUGUAUUUCCAUCCAGAUAUUUUCCUGCGACCGAAUGAUGGCUGCACAUUCUGCCGGUCCAAUGAGCCUAGUUUAGGGAUUUAUGCCUCCAAUAAGCGGGACCUAACCACGCUGGAAGGGACCUGGGAUGUUCUUCUUGCUUAAUCACCAUCCAAAAUAAUUAUAUAAAAGUUUACUCAUUCUCGCAUUCUUUGAUUGAUGUACUUGCAACAGCUGUUUGUGGUGUGCGAGGAUGCGGCAGUUACAUUUUAUACGGUGUGAGCACACUACACCUACUCUAGUUCACAUUACCGAUUACAGUAGCAGACUUAAAUGUUAUGCAUACUAACAAGGGCGCGGUAAACUUACUCUAAAUAUUGUUCGAAUGCAAUAACAAAAUA